CUCUACUGCAGUUGAAAAUACCUGCGAGCGGAAGGUUGUGGAGCCGUCGAUUUCUGACCACACAGCGCCGAUCUCUGCGAGGAUACGAUGACCAUUUGAAUGAGAAACCCCUUCAUUUUGUGCACCACCAUCGCAAGAAGGGCCUAUGUGCUCCUCGCCGCUUGAUCUCCGCCUCGGGGUGCUCAGUGUUGUCGGGGAAGAAGAGUCCGCUUUAGCUGCACUGCAUCAACAUGGGUGUGAUCGGUGUGCAGCUGGUGGUUACCAUGGUAAUGGCCAGUGUAAUUCAGAAAAUCAUACCUCAUUAUUCAUUUGCGAGAUGGCUACUCUGCAGUGGCAGUCUGCGUUGGUAUCAGCACCCCACGGAAGAUGAGUUGAGGAGCUUAGCUGGGAAACAAAAAGGACAGAAGAGGAAAGACAGAAAGUACAAUGGUCACAUAGACAAUAAGCCACUAACGGUUCCCAAGGACAUAGACUUACAGCUGGAGACGAAAUGCAUCACGGAAGUGGACACAUUAGCAUUGCACUACUUCCCAGAGUUCCAGUGGCUGGUGGAUUUCACAGUAGCGGCAACUGUGGUCUAUCUGAUAACAGAACUCUACUACGGUGUGGCUCAAGCCUCAGGAGAGAUGAACAUCAGCGUGGUCUGGUGCCUGCUAGUGCUUGCUUUUGUCAUAAAGACCCUUUUCUCUCUAACGGCCCACUACUUCAAGCUGGAGGAAGGAGGCGAGCGUUCACUUUGCAUUACCUUUGCUUUCUUCUUUUUUGUCAAAGCCAUGGCCAUUCUCAUCGUCACUGAAAACUACCUAGAGUUUGGUCUGGAGACAGGUUUUGCAAACUUCUCUGACAGUGCGCUACAGUUUCUGGAGCACCAGGGCUUAGAGUCCCAGGGUCCCAUAUCUAAACUCACCUUCAAGCUGAUCCUGGCCCUGCUUUGCUCCCUGAUUGGAGCAUUUCUAACUUUCCCUGGUCUACGAUUGGCCCAGAUGCACCUAGAUGCACUCAAUCUGACCACAGCUAAAUUUACACAGACUUUGCUUCAUAUCAACUUCCUGUCCCCUCUUAUCAUGGUCCUGCUGUGGGUGAAGCCCAUUACCAAGGACUACUUAAUGAACCCUACCCUGGACAAGGAGAGUGUGCCUUUGAUGACUGAGCAGACGUACGAUACGUUGCGCUUAUGGACCAUCAUACUGCUGUGUAUACUCCGGCUCGCUAUGAUGAGACAUCAUUUGCAGGCCUACCUCAACCUGGCCCAGAAGGGUGUGGACCAGAUGAAGAAGGAGGCCGGACGGAUAAGUACCGUUGACCUGCAGAAGAUGGUUGCACGUGUUUUUUAUUACUUGUGUGUAAUCGCACUACAGUAUGUGGCACCACUGGUGAUGCUCCUACAUACAACUUUGCUGCUAAAAACCUUAGGUGGACACUCCUGGUGGGUCUAUCCCGAAGAAGACCUGCCUUGCACCCACGAAAUGAACUCUGACUCUGUGAUGGGGGUGGCUCCAAUAGCAGCCCCGGCAACAGCUACGGUGGUAGAAACAGGAGCCAGGGCGUCAGUAGCCCAGCUGUCAAUGGCCCUGGGAGGCCUGCGGACUGUCUUCAGCCCCUUGCUUUUCCGGGGCCUCUUCUCCUUCUUUACUUGGUGGAUUGCUGCCUGUCUGUUCUCCACCUCCCUCUUUGGUCUCUUUUACCAUCAGUAUCUCAUGGCGGCAUAGCAUCAACAACCCAGCAGUGGCAGGCAGACCCACACAGGGCUACUGUGUGUACGGCCUGAUCAGAAAGGACUGAGCGAGGACAACAGAGGCCUAUUGAUGACUCUGCUCCACAACUCCUCCUUUCCCUCCUCCUUUCCCUCCUCCCUCUGACCACCCCACAAUGAUUGACCAUAUCAUCAGAGCUCCUGGUUCAACUUCCAGUGCUUCCUCCACAGAUGAUUCUGUGAACUCUUGUCAUUGUUUUUACUACUACGACCACUACCUUUUUAUUUGGAGAAGAUUUAUAAACCUUAAUAACAGACGGACUGAAAGUAUGAGUUAGAAGAAUAUUAAUCACUGUCUGUGUAUUGGCAAAGUAAGAGACUGGAGACAGGUCCAGUUUGCUGUAUGAAAUAUGAUUGCAAGGAGGGGAAAUACUGUAUCUAUCUGAUUCUGAUGACAAUUAAUUGUACAUGUGGUGUGGCAGUUCUGCACAGUUCCCCCAGUUUUAGGGAGGCCAGUAGUGAGAGUUUAAUUGAUGUUCCUUUUUAAUACGUUUUCACAACUGGUCAUAUGUAAUCCAUCUACAUCCUCAGCUUCAUGAUGUCAUCACGUCUUUUACUGAGUCCUUAAUGCAGCUUCUUACAGACUCCUUUUUAACUAGUAUUGGAUAUGAAUUACAUCACCGACUUAUCCAGGAAAAAAACUUCUGGAGUUACUCUCCAUGAUGGGAUGGAUACAUGCUGUUAAGUUUUAUUGGUUGGUUCUUAUAUGCAGGGCCCUGACAUAAAGAGUCAUGCAACUAUCUAUAUUCCCGUCUGUAUCUCCAUGAUAGUUCUAAUUUCCCACAGUGACGCAUUGUAAAGAAGCUGCAUUUAGAUCACAGAAUAUCAUUGAAUCUGGAGAUCUUAAUGGAGGCUUCAUAUUAGCCUAAAAUCACUUUUUUUUCCCCCUUUUUUUUUUUUUUUUAGUUUUGUCGGAACUUAUAAAUGCCAUACUUGUGCCCCAAUGUGUGUCUUUUGAGCACACUUAAAAUAUGUGUUCACGCAAAAUAGCUUUUUAAUGUCUAAAUUCCAUUGCUACGGACUACAAAAGUUUCUGAAUAAGUCUUAAAAUAUAUGCGGCAAGGACCAACGUGUCUGAAUUUGUAGGAGGAGGAGGAGGGAGGAGCAGCCGGUGGAUAUUCCUUGACUGGCUGGUUGGGUAAAGCUGUCAUGCCGCUAACCAGGGUUACACCAUGGACAACCGAAGAAGAGUUGUUCCUGCAGAGGAGGAAGAGAUGGGAGACAUCUCACUGACUUGAAGCUCAUGUAUUUAAAUGUGUCUAAUUGAACUUGCCAUCAAGGACAAACUUAGUUUUUUAAAAGAAAAGGCGUUCCAGCAGAUUUGUGAUGUUUCAUUUACAUUGUGACCUCCCUGGUUUUAUCUGAACCAUUUUAGAAGCUAUGAGAGAAUUUUAAGCUCUUUUUUGAGCAGCAGCAAUGAUUUUAAAGGGAGGACAACACUUAGGGCUCAGUCAAGGUAUGUGCUUGUGUCCGUGUGUCUGUCUGCAUGUAUAGGAUCUCUGCUGUAGGUCAGCUGUAAUCUGAAAGGGCAUUGUGAUCAAGGGGAGAUGAUGUCAACUACUGUUGAUAGGGUACCGCCUUCAUGUUCUGCGUUCCCUUUUUUUUUUUAUUUUUUUUUAUUUUUUUUCUUCACUUUUACCCAUCCCUAGCUUUUGAGAACAAUCUUUUGUUUGUUUUUAUUAAUUUUCUAACUGAUCAAAUUGUGAAUUUGUAAGUUUUGAUUUUUAAAAUGGUGCCAAGUGAGUCUGUUCCCCUGUACCGAUGUCUGUAGAUUUGGUGUCUGCUAGUGUUUGAAACUACAACUGGACUACAACUCUGCGGCCUUCUGUUUUCUGUAGAUCCAUCUCGAUAAAGCGGGAAUCACAAGCUCUGGUUCACAACAGGACAUAAUAACAGUAUUUACAGUGUCUUUGCACACUGUAAAUCUUUGAUGGGUAUGUACGCACAAACAGUCAUUGUGCUCAUGAAGCACUGGCCCAACAUGAUUGUCCAGUUUAUUCAGGAAUGUAGGGUACGUGAUGAUGCCAGAUUGAUUACAGAUCACACAAUCUGGAGGUUCUCUGGCAUUUGCUUUUGUCAUUACGUUUAUUAUAUCAUAGAGUUGUAAUUAUGAAUUCCAGCUCUGUGAGUUUUGUACAGAAAACAUUUUACAAAGUCGAGCAGCACCAUAUCACAUUUUUAAGCUCCUGAUGUUGAAAGUCUUAGCUUCAGUUUUGUGUGUUUGAAAUGAUGGGGAAUAUGCACAUAAUGAAUGUAUCAAUCCUGCCUAAUUUCUAGAUUGUUUUCAUACAAAUGAUUUGUAUGGUGAGUUGAUUUAACCCCACCCCACCCCCACGCCCUGCUCUUCCUGAACUCAUUACUAGUCUACUACCAUCUGUUAAAUCUACCUUUCAAACAAAAUCUAAUUUGUCCUAAUGACUAUUUUUAUUGAUUGACUUAUCUUUGUUUUUGUAUUUAUUACACAUGUCGAGGCCUGUAAACAUUUCUAAUUUUAACAGCAAACUCUUUAUUUUGUUAUUGGAAUGCAUGGUGGCUCACUUCAGUUUUGAAAAUGUGUUUGACAAAUCAGUUACAGAUUAACCUUUUUUUUUUUUUUUAAUGGUCUGGUCCGUUAAGUAGCUGGUAUAAUCAGAAUUCAGUGGCCUAAUGAGGCAUUGUUUCUUCUGUUUGUUACCACUCGAAGUGUUUAUUAUUCAUUGUUGGGUUCACAAAGUAAAUUACACACAUUGUUGUUCUUUCAUGUAUUUAUUUCUGCUUUAGAUUUUGUCUUAAAUAAAUUAUGUUCUUUACUA